CCAUUGCCGCAGUUUAGGUUUGAGCACCUGUCACAUGACGCUUUAUAUUUCCACGCCGCUGCUCAUCAGCGCGGCGAGUUCGUGCGCUUGGACGCGACGUGGAUGUGGAUCGGACGCUGCCCUCCGGCGAACGCCGCGAGAGUGCAAGCUCUCAGUGAGGCGGGCUGCCAAAUUGCCCCGACACCCCUAUUGUGCAACUGGCAGCAUCACCCACUGCCUGCAAUGGCGUUGAAGCGGCUUCAGUGUGUCUAAGCGUUUCUGUAGUGGCGAUUCCGUCCUGGACCAUUUACGAGCGUGGGAGAGAAAUGUUAUUUUUGGGAAGCUUUUCCAGCGAGGGCAUCCAUAUUUCCCUCCGCAUUUGCCCUCUGGAUUACAUUUCUUGCCUGUUAGGAGCCCAACGAAGCUAGAGCGUUGAAUGUGUGACUAGGCUUAAAGCACUGGAGUAGGCCUGACUAGACUUUGGGCUCUAAUGAGGUCACAGCAAUGCUGACAUUGCCUCUAAACCCAAAGACAUCAUCAUGCUGAAGACGGAGGCUUCGGGGGAGAGGACCAGCCUCCGCAGUGCCUCCCCCCACCGUAAUGCCUACCGGGCUGAGUUUCAGGCACUUAAGAGGGCCUUUGACCAGCCUCGGAUUGACGGGGACUCGAAGCCCAAAGACCUCGAGCGGGUGAAACAACCGAGGGGUCGCCAGUAUGGCGCUCAUGUCAGUCGCAUUAAGGACAUGUUCAUGCAGAUGGGCUCAGAAAAUACAACCAGUAAAGCCAGGGGUCGGGACGAAUCCUCGCCGCAAAAACUAGUGAAGCCCACCAACUUCAUCAACAAAACUGAUGGAUCAGUCAUCAAACUUCAACAUUCUUCGUCUGCUGAGAGGAUUGGGGGUGCAGGGGCAAAGUUUUCCGAAACCAGGAAAUUAUUUGAACAACAGUCACGUGACCAAUCCCAAUCACCGGUCUUUCCCUACGGACGCGACAAGAGGGGCUCUCAUGAACACCUUGAUGACUGGAGAGGAGCGAGGUCCAACAGAGGCAGCACAGACUCUCUGGACUCUCUGUGCUCCAGAACCGAGGCAUCGUCACCAACCGUUAGUCAGCUCAGUGCUGUUUUUGAAAAUGCUGACCAACACAAUCAAGGGGGGUCCUAUAGAGGAGUCAGUAGGCGAGCCCUCUACUCACCUGAUGGAUCCUAUCGCCAAGGAGGAGAUCUCAGUGAGGAUGAGUCACGACAAUCUCCAAUCCGCGGAAACUACCGGAACAAAAUCGGGGGCAAGUUUCCUGCGUCUUCAUCCACUGAGGACUUCCUGAGCCCCAGUCCUGGAGCAGAUACUUCUGAAGCCAAAAAAGAGAGUUCACGAGAUGAAGAGAUCCAGGACAAAACCGGGAAAACUUCUAGAAGAGACAGGCAAAAUUUGUACAAUGCCACCACCAAUGGAAGCCAGGUUAACGGCUCUUACGAAGAAGAAGAAAAACCCUCAGACUCACUGACACUUAUCGAGGACCAAGAAGUCACCAAAGCCUCAAAAUCUACACGUAGUACUGUGAUUACCAAUAAAAAUUUUGAAGAUGUUACUCAUGACCCGCUGCCCACCAUAACCCCACAAACUGGAGAAAGUAAAGACGACGUGGAUGCUUUGAAGCAGGAAACCUCCCCUGAACCACCCAAGGACCAAACUGAAGAACCGGAGGAGGAAUAUACAGGAAAUGAGAGGGUGAUUUUUAAUGCAGAUGGGGACGCCUGUUACCAGGGCUGGGGGGAAAGCUGCACCGAUCCCGAUGAUGACCUGUAUGGUGAUGACGAGGAUAUUGUCUACGACCCUGGCUCCGACGUGACGGAGAUCCCUGGUCUGCCGGAAGAAAACAAAGAGGACGUCCCACCAAAGAGGAAGAUUCGCUUCAGCACAUCUCCCAUUACAGUGUUCAACACCUACUCCAAUGAGGACUACGACCGGCGUAACGAGGAAGUGGAUCCCGUGGCCUCCUCGGCGGAGUACGAGCUGGAGAAAAGGGUGGAGAAACUGGAACUCUUCCCUGUGGAACUGGAGAAAGAUGAAGACGGCCUCGGGAUCAGUAUCAUCGGGAUGGGCGUCGGCGCCGAUGCAGGUUUGGAGAAACUGGGCAUCUUCGUGAAGACCGUCAUCGAGGGUGGAGCUGCGGAGAGGGACGGCAGGAUCAAGGUGAAUGACCAGAUUGUGGAAGUGGACGGGACCAGUCUGGUGGGUGUGACCCAAAGCUUUGCUGCUUCGGUCCUGAGGAACACGUCAGGAGUCGUUCGCUUUGUGAUUGGCCGAGAGCGCCCAGGUCAGCAGAGUGAGGUGGCCACGCUCAUCCAGCAGACCCUGGAGCAGGAGAGGAGGCAGAGAGAGCUCCUGGAGCAGCAGUACGCCCACUACGACGCAGACGACGACGAGCAGACGGGGGAAUAUGCCACCGAUGACGAGGAAACGGGAACGACGGCGGGUGGAGAGAAGAGCAUAGAAGUGUUUGAUCUGCCGGAAACGGAAGACAUCUUGUCUCCUUCGGAGUUGGAUGCCACUAAGCUGUACCAGAAGUUCAGAGAGCUCCAGAUCAAGCACACGGUGACAGAGGCCGAGAUCCAGAAGCUCAAAAACAAGUUGGCGUCCGUUGAGAAGGAGAAGCAGCGCUGGGAGAAGGAGAAGAGCCAGCUGAAGGCCAGCAUUGAGGAGAACAAGGAGAGGAUGCUGAAGCUGGAGAGCUACUGGAUCGAGGCGCAGACGCUCUGCCACACCGUCAACGAGCAUCUGAAGGAGGCCCAGGCUCAGUACCAGGCUCUGGAGAAGAAAUACAACAAGGCUAAGAAACUCAUCAAGGACUUCCAGCAGAAAGAGGUGGAGUUCAUCCAGAAGGAGGAUGCGGAGAGGAGGCGGCUGGAGGAGGCUGAGAAAGCUCACCUGGCUGAGAUCCAGGGACUGCAAGUCAGGAUUGCAGCAUUGGAGUCCGAGUUGAUGCAGCUGAUGAAGCAGAAUGGCAUCCAGGUCAACAACAACAACAGCAACAGCUCUGAGAAGCUCAGCGCUCAGCAGCACAGCCCGAGCAGAGCUGCAGCUCAACCUAGAGAAGUCGACGAAGGAUCCUCCCACUCUCCCAGCGUAAAGACAGGCUGCACGGGAGACGGCGUCAGUUUCCAAGAGGGACAGAUUCCUGAGGCACGUGGUAGUCCAGCGCGUAGUUGCUUUGGAUCGGUUCGCGGCGAUUCAAAAGACGGUUCCCCCAGGAAAACACAACAUGGUUCUCAGUCAGUUGGAAAGUCGAGCCUGGACGAACACAGACAAGCUCCAGACCCUGGUUCCUCAGAACCGCCAGCAGAUGGCGGUGUGCAGAAACCGAAGGACAAGGCGCCAACCGCGGGCGACGACCUGAGUGCCAGCAGCAGCAGCAGCUCGGUGGAGAUCAGUGGUCUGCUCAGCGCCACCAGGGUGUCGGGACGCUCACACACCCCAGUGUUGUCCUCGGAUGAGAGUCUGGAUAUGAUAGAUGAUGAGAUUUUAGAUGAAGCGCAGUCUUUGAAGCAGCACCAGUGGCAGAGCCGCAGAAUCACGGACUGGACCUCGCAGCAAGUGGCGCGCUGGCUCGCAGGCCUCAAUUUAGAACACCAUAUCCCAGAAUUCACUGCCAAAAACGUAGACGGGGAGCAGCUGCUGCAGCUGGACAGUUCCGAACUCAAGACUCUUGGUGUGACUUCUUCCCACGACCGCGCUCUGAUCAAGAAAAAGAUCAAAGACCUCAAAGUUCUGAUGGAGAAGGCCCGGCGCAACCAGGAGAAAGUGGAGAAACAACGCGAGAAGAUACGGAAGAAGGAGCUGGAGCAGCAGCAGAAGGAUGCGUGCAAAGAAAGCUCCACGGAGUGAAAAGAACCCGACCUCCUUGUUGUCGUACUGUAGCGCCACACGGAGUAGCAUCUCGCCGAGCAGAAGGUCAGCAGGCCCCUCAUAGAAACCCAGCGGGGGACGCCUGCUCUGUAGUUCUCAAAGUUGGAGCUCCACAACUGACCGUCAGAAAGGGGCUGAGUGACCUAUUCCCCCUGGCAUACCAAAACUAAAACUAGGUUUUGGUUGGUGGAAUCCUGCCCGUCAUUUUCCCGGUUUUCUUCCCCCGUCCAUCCUGUAAUUUUACCCUUUUUGACGAGUUGCUAAGUUCUAUUUAUUUUUGCUGUUUAUAGCUGUAAAUUGUGUUUUAUUUAUUCAUAUCCAGAGUCAAUCUGUGAUGAAGUUCAUCUCAUCCUCCUCCCAUAUCAUCACAGACAAAAACACGUGUUCAUGUACAGCGAUAAAUACAAAAUACGGAUACGUCUGACGUGCCAUUUUAAUAGACUUGUGAAAACCUAAAUGAGCAGAAUCUACUGUUUUUUUGUGAAUCAGGUCCGUUUCUGCGAGGUAGAUUUUAAAAGGCCAUCCCUCACCUCCCGCCACUGGGUGUCUCCAUGACGCUUAUUUCCUCCACCCAAGGAAGCAGAACGGGGAGAGAAAAAGAUCUGCUGGAGAACACUGGAAGUGCAAACACUGAAAAUGUUGACAUUAUAUACAUGAAAGCAGCUCGAAUGAUAAAAGACGUACUGUAUUCGCCGGACUGGGUUUGUAAGUGAUUUUCAGGUACUGUGCAAGCAGUGAAUUUGUAAACCUAACCUAAUCCUCAAGAAGCUCAUUUACUGAAAACUUCCUGCUCAUAUGCAUAAUGUUGCUCCAACUCCACUAAUAACCUGCUUUUGACCUCCUUUUGUAAGUCGGUAAUAAAGUUAAACCCCACUGCUGCCUUUAGACAUGCUAGAGUAGUCGAAUACUUCCUGAGCUCUACCUGCUUCUGUGUGCGUGUCGAAACGAACGCUAAGCUAAUUCUCUUAUAUUCUUUCUUGUUGUUCUUUUCGAUGACUCACAUGCAAAUGUCAUGCCUGACGCUGUAAUGUUACACUGGAAAUCCACGUUGAUUAGAGGUGUACCGAUUAGACUUGUUGGGCCAAUUUCAGAUGUCCAGUUUUUCUAAGGCUUGAUCAAUCAACGCCAAAUUUUGCUGUGUUCAAAUCUGAAAAUGCGACGUGCAUUUUAAAAAGUUUGAUAACGCUUUGUUAGUCACCAUAAGGGCUGUUCUGUUAUUUUAAAACGGAAAGAAAAUGGUUACAAAGUUCACGUUUUAAGCCGUUGUUAGCGUCAGGAUUUGCACAGCUAGCAUGUUUAAUUGUGAGAUUUACUCACACACACUAACAAAACAUCUCCAAAUUUGGAAUAUUCAGUAACAGAGAGUGAAAGCUCAAUUAGAUAUCAUAAAGCAGCUUUGCAGAACAUUUACCUCAUGUUACAUGCUGGAAGUUUUUCUCUCUCUCACUCUCUUGCAGCAUGAACAAAUUCUACAAAUGUCAGGACAUGCUGUAGAAAAAUAAACUGAUUUCUGCAGGAUCUAAAAAUAAUCUACAUUUAGCUAGAUUUGACUUAUUUCAGAGGUUGUCUAAAACUCACCACUAAGUUUGAAACUAACAGUAAGUCAAUUAUUGCUGUUUAAGGACCGUAGCUACAUGUCAGAGCUGAAAACAUCAAUUUUAGUUGCUAAAGUUUUAUUUAAUUUAGCUCUUUCUUUUCCCCACUAAAUUAAAUAUAAGCUUAUAUGUAUGUUAAUCUGACUUACAAAGUUUUCUUUGUACAAUUCAAUGUGUAACGGUCUUAAAACGAUCCUACAAGUAUGUUGUUAUGGCAACCUGGUAACAAGGUGAUGCAAGAUAUUGUGAAUUCCCCGAAUGGAAAAAGGGUCAGAUUUUUGAGUUUCCGACUGGUCGGAAAUCCCUUGUGACCAGUCAAGCUCUGAUUCCGGUCACUAGCCGAUCACUCGGUGCAUCUCUAUCAUCAAUAUCUUAUCCGAUUCUGUAUAUGAUCCAGCUGACACCAUAUCCAGAACAUGUCAGGAUGCUUUGAAGUUAUUUAAAAUGUUAUUUAAGAUUAUGAAAGGCACGUUUCUUGUUUCCAAGGGAACAUUUUGUAGGAUUUGCGCCACAAGAUUGGAGUGAGCCCGUUCUGUUCGAGAAGCCUUAUUGACUUGCUGCUAACAGGUUAGGAACAGGCAUUGUUGCAGCAUCACCAGUCACUAUUAUUUAUCUAUUCAUAUAUUUUACUAAGUAUAUAUCUGUUGUUUUAACUUAUAAAUAUAAAGUUUUAUUAACAGCUAAUAAUGAUUUAUCCAGAAUUGUACAACUCUACCCUUUUUCCAAAUCAUGUCUGAAUCCUCCCAUUAAAACUCAAACGGAAAAUGAGAAGUUCAUCCAAAGAGAGGAUACUCCGUAGUAAUUCCCGUUGUGUUUGUGGUUUUCCUCUCUCGCAACCACAAUGCUGCUCCACUAGCGAAUAAUUCCUACGAAAUAUUUUGUAACCCUCUGUGAAUAUAGCUACAGCAACCUGGACUCUUUUUUUUUUUUGUAUGUACAGUUAAACACUAAAAGCAAUAUGGUGUAAGGAUCCUGCAGAAGCCUUGUUUUAUAUCGCGUCAGUGUGUUUGCGCAGUUCGUCAGGAGCUUGAGGAGACCCCGAGCCACCGGCGGGACUCCGCGGUGCAUCUUUUCUACGUGUUUGAUUGAGCUUGCCUGGGCUUACUCAUCCCAUGUGUGGAUGGGACCCUGGUGCUCCUGGCAGGCCAAAGAAACGCAGGUGGUUUAAGUAUCGAUCUGGAAGUGUUUGUCUUUUUAUGUGCAUUGAGAGUGAAAGAACUUUGCCACCGACAGUAAGUCAUGCUUUUACCCUUACGAAGCUGCCCCACUCCUCUUUUGUCUUUACCUUGUUCUUUUUUUUUGUUUUUGCAUUCAGUAGAGUUUGAAAGGGCAGCAACCUGUCUGUCACGCUUAAUAAAAUGUGCAGUCAUUGUCCA